GUUGCUUCUGCCUAUCACUCAACCUCAAGGCACCGCGCUCGCUCCGCACAAGUCCUAUUCCCCCAGGAGCUGAGUAAUACCUUCAAUAUGUCUUUGGAUCCGCCCCCAUACCUAUCCUCGAUUCAGAACAAUAUUCGUGCUCGCCCUAUUCCUUGGGAUGGUGCUGUUCGAGCUGGAACAAUCACUGAUGAUCAAUUGAGCAAGAUCAGAGCUGUGGAUAAAGUUAGGAAAGAGGUCAGGAAGCAGACUAUUGAAGGUGAUCUUGAUGGGUACCGCACACUCUUUGUCGGCAGAGAGGGCAAGCCCAGUGUCUUGCAAUCUGCUGCAAGGCGGGCAGAUGUGGUUCAGUAUAUUUUGGUCCUUCUAGGUGAUCUGCUUGAUGCAAUUCCAGCUCUUUCGAAAGCUCUCUCUGAGCACUCAGAUCCCUACCAGCACCUCCUGCCCCUACUCGCCCAAUCAAAUGACCCUGACGGCCCAAUACCACUGCUCACAUCUACUGUCCUCGCAAGCAUGAUUUCUGCAGCUCCAGUUUUAUCGGACAAGGAAUCCUCCGCAAUGCCACGAUUGUUCUCAUACCUAUCGACCUUGACAAAAUCCUCGGAUGGAGGCCUGCAGGAUAUUGCGGUGUUGGAAUAUUCUGCUUUAUUGCGGGGCAAGAAGUCGAGGGAGCUGUUCUGGGCUCAAAAGAACGAGACGAUUAGCCCCCUGAUUGAUAUUCUUCGAUCAGCUGCGGGGGUCUCGAACGCAGACUCGGCCUCGACUUUGUGGAGUGGUGCUGCCAGCGUUCGAAGUACGGAGGGUGUAAUUGGAGGCGGGGUCGGCCUGCAGUUACUCUACCAUGUCCUCUUGGUCUUAUGGCAGCUAAGCUUUGAGGGUGCCACCGUUGGAGACGGCCUUGAAAACGACUACGAUGUCAUACCACUCUUCACACAGCUCCUGAGAUUGUCUCCGAAGGAAAAGACCACCAGGCUUCUUAUAUCCUCAUUAUACAACCUUCUAUCGUCUAACAAGCAGACCUUACUACCUGCAGCUGUUCUGGCGCGUCUUCCUGCACUCAUUCAGAAUGUUAAUGGACGUCAUCUUUCAGACCAAGACCUCUUGGAUGACCUUCAAAACCUUACUGAGAUGCUUGAUGAGUACACCAAAACUCAAACUACCUUUGACGAAUAUGCUGCGGAAGUAAACUCGGGGCAUCUACGAUGGUCUCCUCCCCAUCGAAACCCUACGUUCUGGGCUGAGAAUGCUCGGAGAAUUCUCGAGCAUGAGAAGGGGGAACUGCCCAGGAAACUUGCUGAAAUCAUGAACAAACCCUGGGAGAAUGACAAGCAAGUCCUUGCUAUUGCCUGCAAUGAUGUUGGCUGCUUGGUCAAGGAGGUUCCUGAGAAGAGGACUCAAUUGGAGAAGCUUGGCUUGAAAACGAGGGUAAUGGAGUUGAUGCAGGAACCGGAUGAGGCCGUGAGAUGGGAAAGUUUGAAUGCACUAUCCGGAUGGUUGAGAUAUAGCUUUGAGACUAAGUGAGGGAUUCCAGGCCUGGGACAUCGAAUUUUGGAGCUGUAUUAUCAUUCACGGCCGCUGGGAGCUUGUAUGGGGUCUGGCAUAGGGGCUUUUCGCUAGUUAUUUUCAGCAAGCGUCACCUACAAUGCUAUGAUGUUAGAGUAGAAUUGAGGCAGUAUAUUAAAUCACCUUC